AUGGGCAUAAGUGCUGCUCAGCAGGUAAAGGAUGAUGGGAUUGUCAUUAUCAGCCUGGCAGUUAGUAAUAAUGCGUCCAAAGCGCCGCUUCAGUCAGUUGCCACCUCCGAAAAUCAUGUGGUUAUAGCUAAUUCGCCACGUGAUGAGUCAACUAUGAAUGCCCUCAUUUCUACGAUUUGUAAAGGUAAAUAACGGCAAUUGUUUGCUUGUUGAUCUUUAAUUGUUGGCCAGGGCAGAAUUUAAACAAUUCAUACGAAAUUUAGACGCAAGGUUCAGUGUAAGUAAGUACUUUUGGUAAUGGUAUGGAAAUUCUUGUAUUUCAUUUCCGAAGCAUUCAACUAUCACGAAGACUAAAUAUUGCAUGGUUUUCCAUAGAGAGCAGUGAGACUCGGAAACUUUCACUUUUUCAAUUUGUUUGCGAAAACCAAGCAAAUGCAAAAAGAAUUUGGAAAAAUUGAAAUUAUCAGAAAUAUAACUAUUUAGUGUUUGCACAGAUACAAAAAAACAACAACAACAACUGAAAAAAACAAACAAACCAACUGUCAGAGAACAAAAACAAAAACAAAAACAAAAAACAAAAAAAAAUGGAUCUGACGUUUUAAGCUCUCAAUCCUUUUUUUUUUUAAAUUCUCGCUGAUUAGUUUUCGCCUCCAGAUUACUCUGUUAAUAAACACCGUACUAAUCUCGAAGACAAGAGCGGUUGGUGGAACUACAAGUUUUCGCAAUCCUAGUUCUUAAGGGUCAAAGAGCGCUAGUAUCAUUGCAAUCCGCCGGUUAUCUGGCCUCCAUUGGCUGUGCACUUUCACGUUACUAGUUGUUUCAACCCUUUUUGUUCCUCUAGUCGACAGGAAACCCGGAUUCAUCGUCUCCUUUAGUAAGAGCUCCAGACUAAGAGAUCAUGUGAUCGUCACGACGCAUGCAUGGGAUGAUCUCUCAUGCGCUUUAAGCUGUCUUCAUACAAAGAGCUGUUUUUCUUUCAACUUCAAAGAAAGUUCACAAGUUUGCGAGUUGAACCACUCCAACAGGAUGACGUCACCUAAAGAUCUUAUCAUGGACUUCCAAUACAGCUAUUACGAGUUAGAAUUCCCAUAG